CUGUUACUUGCCUUGAUGUUAACUCAUGGGUCUUACAAAUUGAGCAUCGGAAUUUUUUUUAUUACUGAAAAGAAUGAUCAGUUGUGAAAAAGAACAUGUGCUGAGUUAAACACGAAUGUAUCAACAGAUAUGCACACAACGAUAAAGAACAAUAGAUAAAUUCGUUUGCGCUGUGAUAAGCUUGGGGGGGGGGGAGUUUUCGGACUUUGGGAUCCUAAGGCAGAGACACUGAAGUUCUGGAUAAGGCUCGUGAACGCUACACGUCUUGCUUUCUAUCUGUUUGGACUACUGAACGUUUUGCAAUGGAAAUUAGGUUUGACGGAAAGAGAGCCCUUGUAACAGGCGCAGGCAAAGGUAUUGGGAGAGACAUUGCUGUUGCACUUCAUAAGUAUGGAGCAGAAACUGUUGCAAUAAGCCGGUCACAGGAAGAUUUAGAUUUGUUAAAAUCAGAGUGUCCUGGAAUUCAGACUGUUAACCUUGAUUUGGCUGAGUGGAGUAAUGUGAAGACAGUAGUUGGUGGCCUUGGAUAUUUUGACCUUCUUGUCAACAGUGCUGGAGUAACAAGAGUGGGACCAUUCUUGGAUGUCUCAGAGGACGACAUAGACUAUGUCUUCAAUGUGAAUUACAAGUGUCUGUUCAAUGUUUGUCAGACUGUGGCAAAGGGUAUGGUGGAGCGUGGUCAAGGAGGAGCAAUAGUUAAUAUCUCCAGUGUUGCUUCUACAAUAGGCUUGGCUGAUCAUGCAGUGUAUUGCUCCACGAAGGGUGCAGUUGAUUCUUUAACACAAGUGAUGGCACUGGAACUUGGAGUGAAAAAGAUCAGAGUAAACUGUGUUAAUCCCACUGUGGUGAUGACAGAUAUGGGUCGAAAAGUGUGGAGUGAUCCUGCCAAGGCAAAUCCAGUUCUUGCUCGCAUCCCACUGGGUCACUUUGCAGAGAUAGAAGAUGUGCGCAAUGCUGUCAUGUUUCUUCUCAGCGAAAAAGCUUCUAUGAUCAAUGGUAGCUGCAUGCCUAUUGAGGGUGGUCUACUAUGCAACUGAAUGCUGUUCUGCAAAGAAACUCCUUCCAUCUUAAUGUUGGGAUAAAGAAGGACCAUUUGCAAAUAAAUCAUAAAUGAUA